AGGCCAUUGCUGUCAAAAAUAACGCAUGAAUAUUGCAACACAACAUAGAGGGUUGGUUUUGUGGCAUCUUCAUUCAUUAGCAGUUUUGACGCAAAAUGGGAAAAAAUUGAGGUAAAAUGGUGAAAACUGAAAGUUGUGCACUGUGUUUUACCACUAAAUCAAAAUGGUUCUUAGACAUCUAUUGCGAGGAGAACCAGUCUAUGGAUAUUUCGGCCAUUAUUUCAAAACAUUUAUGGUUUGAGUUGAAACCUAGUGGCCAAUGCUAUGUUUGCGCAGAUUGUUGGAAAAAUGUUUAUGAUUUUCAUUUGUUCUAUUGCAAGUUGGAAAAACUACAUUUAGAGACAAACGAACCUGAUUCUCGAACAGUGCAAAUUGAUGUGCAACCAGAUUUUGAAUUUCAUCCGAUUGAUGAAGUAAAAGUCGAACCUUUAGACGAAGAUGAUCAAAAUCGCAGCACCGAUGGAGUUGCCGAUAGCUCUAUUAUCGGUUUUAUCGGUAAACAAACAACAGAGGUGUCAUCGUCUGAAGCAGUUCGUCCUAAAAGAAAUACAUCGACUCCAGUAUGUCAAUAUAAAGCAGAGAUUACAGAGUCUGAUGCGGAAGAUAUAGAUGGAGACUGUUUUGCAGACGAUUUCGACGAUGACAAUGAUUUGGAUUAUAAGACGGAGCCAAAAGAAGGAAAAUUAAAAGCAGUAGAAAUUCCCAAAAUAAAAAAACGUCGUGGCAGGCCUCCAAAAGCUAUUGCGGUUAAAAAAGAGACGGAUUUAGACACCUCAAAUGAAACCGAGCAGGGUGAAAGUUCAAAAGAUUCUGAAUUGCGCCAUAAGGUUAAAAAACGCAGAAAAUUUAAGAAAAGAUUAACUCGAAACAAAUAUGAUUCAGAUACUGGUUCAAAUGAUGGCGAUCGUUCUAGAAUAGGCAGCAAACGAGCCAGAGAUGAAAGGUUGUUUAAAUAUAUAGAAGAAUUUGUAUGUCAUUUAUGUCCGGAACGCGUUGAAUUUGAUCGGUUUCACCAUGCUAAUUUACAUUAUCGAGAAUUCCACCAGGAACCGGCUUACUUGAAGUGCACAAAAUGCGAUCGAAAAUGCUUUACGCCAGGUGGAUUUAUCAAUCAUAUGGAAACUCACGAUGAUCCAGAUAAAAACAAAUGUAAAAUUUGCGGUAAGGUCACUGAUCAAAAAAUCACAUUAAAAAAGCACAUGCGGGCCCAUCGUCUUCAGAUGGAGGAAUCAUUACCGUUCCCAUGCGCGAUAUGUCCACGACGGUUUGAAUUGGAACGUGCUCGCGACAAGCAUGAGCGAUUGCAUGGAAGAAAAAUUGUCAUAAAACGAGAAAAAGGACGUGAUGAUGAAUUGAUUGCGUUUUAUAAGAAAAUUUCUUGUGAAAUUUGCGAUGAAGAAAAGAACGAUGGUGUAACGUACGAAAACUUUUGGGAUCUUAAACUCCACAUGGCUGGUGAGCACAACAAAACACCAUACCUUAAAUGCCCGAUAUGUUUCAAAAAAAAUGUUUGCCGGCAACAAUUAAUGAUACAUGUAGAUGUACAUGAGAAUCCUGAACGGUACAGGUGCGAUAUAUGCGGUGAAGUAUUCCAGUUUCUCGAAAAGCACAAAUUUAAGGCUCAUGGCCAAACGGAACCCCAGGAGAAAAACUAUAGUUGCGAACAUUGUGGCAAAAUGUUCCGUUGUGUGUUAAACCUUAGGAAUCACAUUGAUCGCGUGCAUGCUAUUAAAGAUGUUACAUGCGAUAUCUGCAACAAACCUUUCAGCAAAAAAGCAAUCAGUGCUCAUAAACGUUCCGCUCAUACCGACGAAAUGUUCAUGUGUGAGCAAUGUCCGAAAAUGUUCAAAACACGCAGUGGUCUUGAAUCUCACAAAAGCGAGCAUGAUGCUGAGUUACGCAAACCGGUGAAAUGUGAAAUAUGCGGUAAAGAAAUGCGUCGUGGUGCAAGCCUAACAAAACAUAUGAAAGUAAUUCACUCAAAGGAGGCUCCCGUCAAUUGCAAUAUGUGCGGCAAAGAGUUCCGCACUAAGUUUCACAUGGUUCGCCAUCGUACUAACACUUGUUCGGCAACUAUCAAUUCGAGACCAUUCAAAUGUGAAGUGUGCGGAAAAGGAUUCUCGAUGCGAUUGACAAUGACCGAACAUAUGACGACUCACACUAGAACGAGUUUGUACCAGUGUGCUUUUUGUUUUAAAACGUUUGGAUACAUCUCUAACCUUUACAAGCAUCGCAAAAAGGCGCAUCCGGAGGAGUGGCAAGAAGUACAGUCUCGCCCUGAUCAAGGUAUUGCCACUGUUAUCGAAAUAAGAAAUUAACUGUAGUUUUGCGCUAAUAAAUAUUGAAAUUAUACUAAAGUA